UUUAGUUUUGAUGGCAAGGAAUGGACGGACGUCUCCACUGCAGCCAAAUCUCUCAUACAGGGGCUGCUGACAGUUGACCCAAAAAAAAGACUCACAAUGGAACAUCUAAAGAAGAACGAGUGGUUGCUAAGGAACAAUAACAGUGUGCUAUCGGAGAAGACACUUCUGACCCCGGGGGUGCUCACAAACACCACUGCGGUCCAGAUCCAAUUCUCAGCUACAAUGGAUGCCUUCCAUAAGGCCCAGCGCGAGGGUUUCACCCUCCAGCCUGUGGGGAAAGCCCCCCUCGCUCGUCGACGAAAGCAGAAAAAGGGAUCUGAUGAGCGCAGUGAAUCAACAGACAGUAGUCACUCGAGUGGUUCCUCCACGAAAAAUUUCUCUCAGGGUAACGCUAGCUCAAGUACAAGUACUGUUGGGACAAGUAAUUAUAUUGACGUAAGUCCUGUAGCCAGUGAUUCUGUUGUUUCUAGUACACUGCUAUCUAAUACAUUACCAGUGGUGACGCCGGAACUAGUUAGAAACCUUUCUAAUAAUUCGAACUUGUCGAAUACUUCGUCCGCCUCCCACAGUUCUACACAUAGCCUUGGAUUCACACCUCAGCGGAAAACGCCUGUCGAAUUUUUAACGAGUGGGAACAGUAGUACGUCCGUGCAGUCCGCUCAGGACUUGUUCAUCUUUGGCCCAGAUUCUAGUGGUGGAAGUAGUAAAAUUCCUGUUAAAGAGAUACGGGGUUCUUCGGAAUCAGAAGCGUCCAUCGAUGAACCUCCCUUUCAGACAAGAGGCACGAAGCGGAAACACAGUCUCGAGGCGGAUGAGACUUUUACGGAUUCUGACUGCGGCGAUGAAGAGGAUUGUUACGGUGAUGACAAUGGUGCUGACAUUGAUGUUGAUGGAGAUGACGUUGAUGAUGACGAGGUGGAGUAUAGUGAUGAAUUCGAAACAAGCAGUGAUUGCAUAAUAAUUGACCAUGAAACUGAAGAGGAUAGUAAAGAUGUUGAAAUGAAUCGGUUAUAUACUGAGUCACAGAGUGAUGGGAGUCAUUCUGCAUCAAGUAGCUCCAACAAAAAGGCUAUUACUCACAAGAAGGCUAGACAUGACUCAACAAUUGUGAUUGAUGAUUAGAACAUAAUAUUUUAUGCAUAUAUCAGCAAUUUUUACACUGUUUGGGUUAUGGGUCUGGUACUGAUCAAAUUGUGAAAUUCUUAACAUGAAAACUUGCAGGUGGAAAAAAUAUUUAAAAAGAAAUAACAUUGUAAGAAAUAAGAAUCAAUCAAAUAUUGUAAGUGAUGUAUUGUUGGUUGAAUUUGUUAUUUAUUAUGCUCCUCGAAAAAAAAUUGGGGAGCAUUUAGUUGCCAGUUUGUCCUUCCUUCCUUACUUCCUUUCUUCCAUCACACUUUUCCGUCACACUUUUGUUACAGUGCCUUCAAUAUUUUACUGAUCUCUUACAUAUUUGGCAUGUAGGUACCUUGCAUAGACCUCUUCCUUUUGAUGAGGUUUGAGGUCACUGGGGUCAAGGUCAUUGAGGCUAAUAAAAGAUUUUCUCACAGUUUGGUUACAGUUUUAUAGCGUACAUAAGGGGAGCAUCCAUCGUUUUCAACGAUAUGUGUUAAUUUGGCUUCAGGAAUGGGUCUAAUUACAACACCUAUUAUAUGAAAAGAAAAUUAACGAUACAUACUACAUAAAAGUUAUGAUAAGUAUGCCCUUAUGUUAUUAUUCUUUUAUAGUAACUUUGUUUUUUACAUAUAAGUUAUUGAUGUUUGUGACAUUCAUAUAAUAAGGCUUAGGAAAUACACAUGUGUUUGUUUUAUAGAAGUUAACAUCACUACUCCAGACAAAGAAUACACAUUAAUAUGCUUUAUUUAGAAUGUUACCAUUGGUUACGUUUAUCAUAAAGUUGUCAAGCUGCUAGUUUAGGUCAUGGUUUGACAAAAUGGCAUCAAUUCUCAUGUUUUUAUCAUUUAUCAGUCUUUACUGUUAUCACUACACAUGAAAUGUUUUCAAGGGCAAGUUGACAAGCGUUAAUUGCAGAAUUGAAUCUUUGUUACAAUACAGAAUUUAAUAUGAACUUAUUGCAAAUUUGAAUCUGUAUGCAACAAUUUCAAUAUAUUUUUCUGAAAUUGUUAAAAAACAAUAAAGAAGACUACUUUGGAUUGUCUGUACUAAUAGAUUAAAUAUGUUAAUACAUGAUACAUAGACAUGAUCAAUUCACUUUUUGAAAGGCAAUGGCCAACAAUGGGGAGGUGAACAAUGAAGGUAAUUGUGUGUAGUUUUAGUGGAAACUUUGGUUUUAAGUUACCAUUUUGUGAUCAAUAAUCUUAGUAUUUUACAUAGGAUAUUAAUGGUUAAAGAUUAUUUUUUUUAAUGAAUUGCUCAGUUUGGCUUAAAGUAACAUUGAUACUCAAAACAACAAAUAUUUCAUACAAUAUUUCGUAAAAACAAGUUAACCCAUAAAAAAUCUGUUCCUUAUAGCAAUAGCAAAAAUUUCAAUGCUCGAUGUGGUAUGGUAACAUAGAUUUAACGAGAUACUAAAUGCUAGUUUUUAUUUUCUGUGCGACAAUAUAUUCCAUGUUAAUUUUCCGCAAUGUUAUCUGAACAUAUACGAGCGAACCCAAGACUGGCUUUGGGCAGCGUCGAAAGCUGCCCUAGGCUAACAUAGGCUAAUCUCGAGUUCGCUCGUAAAUGUUCAGAUAUCAUAGCCAGAAAUUCAUUAGGAACAUUGAUUUUUUUAAUCUGUUAACUUUAUUUUUCUAAAUAUUGUUCGAAAUUUCUGUUUAUUAUGAGUGUCUAUGGGCUUUUUUUAUAUUUUUAGUAUGUGUUUUAUAUCUACUAUGUUUAAUUGAAUUAAAACACAUUCAGAUCAUUGUACGUGUACAUGUAAUGUUAUAUCAUUUGAACGUUUUUUCUCCACAUUUGUAACUCACAUUCAAACAUACACAUCUUUGGUUGAUAGUUUUAAAUAUUCCUCAUUGCUGUUUCUCAUCAAAUUUUUACUUCUAGUUUUAUGGAUGAUAAUUAUCUGCAUUAUGCAAGUUGUGAUCUUUUCCUUAAAAAUGUAAUUAAAAAGAUGACCAUGUAAGUGUUAUACUGUCAAAAUACGUGAAUUAUAAUUUUAUUUAAAUCAAUGUUUUUUUUCUAUUUGCAACCUGUGUUAUUUAUUAAACUUAUUGCUCAUUUAAACUUAUUACCUAUAUUUAUCACCUAUAAGCUGAUAUAACAGUGCCAAUUACCAUCACGAUCAUGUGUAGUCAAAGGAUUACGACAAAAAUAUAUAUAAACCUGCUACAGCCCCCAGAAAACUAGGAACAAUUUCAAAACAAUCGAAAACAUUAAAAUUGAACGUUAUUUGAGGGCUCUUACUGUUAUAUUAUUUUUUUUAUAGUUUUUUUUGCAUGUUUUGAUUGUUUGAAGUUGAUCUUCAGUGCUUUUAUUCUAGUUAUGUGUUAAAGUAUUAAUUUUAACCCAGGCAAACGUGUGAUUGUGGGGUAAAUUAUGGUAACUCUGUCUGUCAGUUCCCAUAAAAUAUUAACAGUUCUUACUAUACUUCUACAUGCUAAAAGUUAUAACUGUACUUCCACAUAUCCUUAGUGAAUAAAUUGCAAGGUCAAAUAAGUCAAUACUAUGAUGUUUAUAUGUGCAAUACCAGAGGGGAUAAUCACGUGAUAAUCAAGAUGGUGACGUCCAUGCCGAUGCAGGUAUUUUGGGGUGUUGUGUACCUUUUAUUACGGUAUUUGUAUUAAUUUUUUUAAUGCUGCUUUCUUUCCAGUCAUCUCAGCAAAAAGUUACUGGAGUUUAUUUCAUAUAAAUAUUUGCUCUUUACUCAACUUUACCCUCUGCAAAAUUUCUUAGCAGGACCUAAUUACAGCUCCACAAAGUUAAUUUUGUGGGGAGUAAAGGAGAGAUUUAAAUCGAAUUUUAUUACAAAAUAAAAGCUAAUUGGCCUUUGAUUGAUAUGGCUGAUAAGUGGGCGUCAGUUAUACAUCCAGCAAAAGUAAUAAUGUGUAUUAUACCGUAUAAGACAGCGAAAAAUUACUAUCUCGGCAUGGACUUCGCCGUCUGGACUGUCACAUGAUUACCCCCUCUGAAUACUUUUCUAACAAAUAGGUAUGGGGUUAUUUGUAAUUUGAGCCGUGCUUUGUGAAAAGGGGUUUAAUGCAUGUGUGUAAAGUGUUAUCCCAGAUAAGCCUGUGCAGUCUGACCUUUUUUGAUCAGUUUUGUCCGGCCUGUACUGUGCAUCAUCAGCAUUUGCAGUGUUUACACUCUAGAGGCUGCAUUUAUAGUUCAAAACAUGUUUUCCAAUGAUCCCUAGAUAUAGUUUAAAACUUGGUCAUGUUGGGUUAAAAAAUACAAAAAUAGGUCAAAUUAAAGAGAAUGCUUGUUAACACUUAAAUCCACAUUGGUUUCCCAAUUUUUAUGAAAUUUGGUUACAUCAUUUGUCCAAAUUCAAAGCCAAGUUUAAGAAUGUUUCUUGUCCAUUUUAAAACUUAAAUGCCAAAGGGGUGGGACAAAUUUUGUAACAUGUCUUUAGUGAAUCCUUAUGAACACUCUUAUAGUUACUCGUUUUGUCCAAUCAGCAUGAAACUUGAUCAGAAUAUUUGUUCUAAUGACAACUCAGCCUAGUACAAACUUUCGGGGAAGAAAGCAAGGUCAUUUAUUGCACAAACAUAAAAAAGCUGCUUUAAAACAGUUCAUUGCCAUAGCGUCUCAGGUGAGGGAUCUAGGGCCUUUUGCCCUCUUGUUUGUAACAGAUUGCCAAUAUAAUUGUAUGAUAGUAUUUGAAUUACACAUAAAGUUCUAUUUAAGUUUGUAUGUAUUAUAAAUAUUUGUUAAAGUGAUUGUGUGCUUAAAGCAUACCUAUGUUUAACGCUUAAUAUAUAUACUAUUUAUAUAUUAUGUUAAUGAAAAAUUUAUAAUAUUUAUAACCUGUUGAAAAUAACAGUUAUCAGAAGACAUGAUUGAACUUGUUAUGAUUGAUAAAAUAUAUAUUCUAAUGUUAUGCAUGCUAUUAUUAGUGAUUGUCUAAUAUGAUGACAGAAUAGUUUUUAAGUUUAUUUUGUCAAGUUGUUAAAUGGCUAGUAUUGAUUUUAUCAAUGACUGUUUUUAAUUUAAGCAGGUACAAACCAGCUGUUAUCAUUUUAAUUCAAAUGAGAGAAUUCUCUAUUGUCAUUUUAAAUAAAUCAUGAAUGGAUUUUG